GGCAUGGUGUGACCUGUAUAGUAAAAGGUCCAUGCAGGCUGCUGAGUGGAGAAGACACAGUGGGGACAAGAGGAGAUGAAGGGAAGCUAGCUGGGAGGCUGGCGAAGGCUUCAGGUGAGAGAUGACAGAGGCUUCGACUAGAAUGGUAACGUUGGAAAAUGUUAAGAAGCGGAGAGUUUGAGGGUUUGUUUUCAAGGGUAAGCCGACAGGAUUUGCUGAUGGAUUCAAUCUGCAGUGUGACACAGAAAAUCCUAGACUCCUGGGUGUUGGCUGGGUAGCUCACUGGGGUCAAUGAAAAAGUUGCUGAUAUUAAAACCCUUUAGGUUGGGAGUCAAUGGCUGAGAUAAUAAUAAUCCCCUAAUUCAGUUCCCUGAGAUGUUUGAGCAGAAGUGUGAGAUGCAUAGAAGCCAAGACAGGCCCCCAUGAGAAAAUGGGGAGUUGCCCAGGGAAGCAGGUCUGUGAAAGCCGGGGGACUAGGAGAUGUGAGGUACAAGAAUGAGGCUGGUCAGCAUGUCCCAGGAGCCUGCAUCUCUGACCCCUACCCAAAAGAGCCUCCAGAAAUCCUAACUGGUAUGGUCUGAAUAGAUUUAACUCUUCUUGUAACUUGCAAAUAUAUUUUAAUUUACUUACGGCCACCAAGACAGCCCUUCUGAUUUCAGUAAGAUAGUAGAAACAUAAACAGAAUGUUAAUUCAUUUAUUUGUCUAACAAUUCUUCUUCCUGUGAGUAUUAUCCAAUUCGUGUUUAGCACUGAACAAUAUGAAAAUCAUUUUCUAACGUUCAAUGCCAUUUUUAUUAGAAAAUAAUCCCAGUGCUGGGGAUGAGACUAACAUCAGUGUUACAGGCUGUGCUCUUUUAGGUUUUAUGACACAUGAUGAUAUUUUGAGCACAUUAUUUGACCUGAGAUACAAUAGAAACGUGUCUUUGAUCUCUGCCCUUGGAACCGAGCACCCACAUCUGUAAUCUGAAAGGAAGGAGCCCUGAUGGCACAGUCGUGAAGUGCUCAGCUGCUAAGCAAAAGACCAGUCAUCAUGGUGAAAAGCGGCUUGGGCUGCUGGAUCCUGGUUCUCUUUGUGGCCACAUGGAGUGAUGUGGGCGUCUGCAAGAAGCGACCAAAGCCAGGAGGAGGAUGGAACACUGGGGGGAGCCGAUACCCAGGGCAGGGGAGUCCUGGAGGUAACCGCUACCCACCCCAGGGUGGCGGUGGCUGGGGUCAGCCUCACGGUGGCGGCUGGGGACAGCCUCAUGGUGGUGGCUGGGGACAGCCCCAUGGUGGCGGUGGCUGGGGUCAGCCCCACGGUGGUGGCUGGGGACAGCCCCAUGGUGGCGGUGGCUGGGGUCAAGGUGGCACCCACAGUCAGUGGAGCAAGCCCAGUAAGCCGAAAACCAACAUGAAGCAUGUGGCAGGGGCUGCUGCGGCUGGGGCAGUAGUGGGGGGCCUUGGUGGCUACAUGCUGGGGAGCGCCAUGAGCAGGCCUCUCAUACAUUUUGGUAACGACUAUGAGGACCGUUACUACCGUGAAAACAUGAACCGUUACCCCAACCAAGUGUACUAUAGGCCGGUGAAUGAGUACAGCAGCCAGAACAACUUCGUGCACGACUGCGUCAACAUCACAGUCAAGCAGCACACAGUCACCACCACCACCAAAGGGGAGAACUUCACUGAGACCGACGUUAAGAUAAUGGAGCGCGUGGUCGAGCAGAUGUGCAUAACCCAGUACGAGAAAGAAUUCCAGGCUUAUCAGAGAGGGUCGAGCGUGGUCCUCUUCUCCUCCCCUCCUGUGAUCCUCCUCAUCUCUUUCCUCAUUUCCCUGAUAGUGGGAUGAGGAGAUCUUCCCGAUGAUACCAUCUUGUUCAUCUUUUACCAGGUGGGGAGGGGGUAUCUACCUGCAGCCCUUUUAGUGGUGGUGUCUCAUUCUUGCUUCUCUCGUUAGUCACCCGUAAGUUAAUACCCUUGGCACUGAUGGGCAGUGGGAAAUGUAGAGUGGGCCCAGGAGGCUAUUUCUUCAAGCCCCCUUGGAUUGAGUUCUUCAUGGGUGGCCAGUGCUAAUGCUGGGCUGGUAAGAGAGUAACCGCAAAUGAUCAUUUGUUAAUCUAGGCUUAUUUGUCUCGUGCAGUAGGGUGGGGCUAGAACAAGUCUCAAAACAGUCUUCAAAUGGCUUUACCUAAAUAACUCCAGCUGUCUCCCCAGCUAGAGCCCCAUACACAAAUGCCCCAUCGGAGAACCCUUUCGUGGCCCACGUGCCGUGGCACGCCCAGUUAUGUUUUCGGCCUCUCGGGUUUCUUGGGAAGUUGCUUUCUCAGUGACAGUGCAUGCUGCCACCAAGUCGGGCCCUGCAUAACAGUUUGAAACCAAAAAAAAAUGCGCAUGUGCCACAAAUGACUGUGUUUACAGGAUGUUGUAAGAGGUGUGUGCGUUUUUGGUAGGAAAAAUAGACAUUCUGAAAAUUUUUCUUUGGGACUCAUGUCACUGCCGACUGGGUGGGUGGAGGGACUCUGGGGGUACACUAUAUGGGACAAGUCUGUCCCUCAGGAUUCUAAGGGUAUGCUUGUGGGAUGAGGCAAGAAAAAAAAAAUCCAUACUACCUACCAAAAAUUCAGACACACACAGUGAUUCAGCAUGCUUCCAUUAAUGAAAACACAUGGCAUCAAUAAAAAAUUCAAAGUAGAAAAGAAUAAGGUCAUGAAAGGGUUAGCAGUGAUUUCAUAGAAAUUUGGAGACACUUUUUCAUCCAUUUUAAGAAAACCUCCCUGCAUUUCCCUGUUCAAGCAGCAUUUCUGCCAAACCUGGAAGGAGACAACGUGGUACUCAACUCCAAAACUAGAAAUCCUUAGCUCUGGGCCAUGGGCUCAGCCCGCUGGACAGUAGAUGCCCUUUGCCUGCAGAGAACUCUGACAGUGCUUUUGCAUUUUGCAGCACUGGCUGCACAGGCACCUUUGCAUUAAGAGUAAAUAUUCAUGCAACACUAGAACCCUGGCCAGGGGAUGUUUUCACAGGGAGUGAGCCUACCUGUGAUAUAUGUAUGAAAGGCUUCUGGGACUGAAACAACAUUUGGGAGUAGCGCUGUGAGAGGCAAUCUUUUUUUUUUUUGAAUGCUUAAAACACCUACCGGAAACCCUGGUGGCAUAGUGGUUAAGGGCUACAGCUGCUAAUCAAAAGAUCAGCAGUUCAAAUCUACCCGGCACUCCUUGGAAACCCUACGGGGCAGUUCUAGUCUGUCCUAUAGUGUCACUAUGAAUCAGAAUCAACUCGACGGCAGUGGGUUUUUGGUUUUGCUAAAGCACCUACGUGUGGCAUUCCCUUCUUUAGCAACAUAAUAAACUGUAGAUAAUUAAGGCAGCCAAAAUUAAAUUACAUUCUGGAUACUGAAAGCAAGUCUUUGUUCAUUUACCUGGAAACCUGAGUAAGUUUAGCAUUGUUUGGGUGAAGCCAAGAGAUUUUAACAUAGAGGAAGCUGCAGCUGUAAAAGCACGAUUAUCAUAGAGGAUUGUGGAAUGAGGAAAAUGGAUAGUGUUUAAAGAAAUGCUUGCGUUUCUUUAUUGCUGUCUCAUAAUUGUCAAAAAUCAGAAUUAGACUGAGUCCUUAGUUUCUGUAAUUGACUUUUGAAUCAGAAUAGGGGGACAAUCCCAAAAAAAGCUUAGAUUGGAGAUGACACGGGUAUGAUCCAUUCAAAGUGGAAAAGGAAUUUCUGUUAAUGUUACUUAAGGCAAAAUUAUUCCCUUAAUUGUUCAAUAUUGUCACCUAGCAGAUAUGUAUUCCUAUUCUGCAAUGUUACUGGCUUGCAGUGUGUGGGUAUUCUAUGUUAAAAAAAAAAAAAAAAAAAGUAUAUAUAUAUAU